GGAGCGGGGCGGAUGCUCGCGCCCUUCCUUCCCUCCCCGCCUCCGAGCCGCGGAGCGCCCUGGCUCUGGGGCCGAAAUGGGAGCCGCCGCGUGGGCAUCGUCGCCCCUGCCGCCGCGUGUGUCUCUCCUGCUGCUGCUGCUUCUGCCGUUCCCGGGGCUGCUGUGGGCUCCUGGACCCGGCGGGUUACCUGCUCUACUGCCAUGCAUGGGGCGCUUUGGGAACCAGGCUGAUCAUUUCUUGGGCUCCCUGGCAUUUGCAAAGCUGUUGAACCGCACCCUGGCUGUACCUCCUUGGAUUGAGUACCAGCAUCACAAGCCUCCUUUCACCAAUCUCCAUGUGUCCUACCAGAAGUACUUCAAGCUGGAGCUCCAGGCCUACCAUCGGGUCAUCAGCCUGGAGGACUUCAUGGAGAAGCUGGCACCUACUCACUGGCCCCCUGAGAAACGGGUGGCAUACUGCUUUGAGGUGGCAGCCCAGCGAAGCCCUGAUAAGAAGACAUGCCCCAUGAAGGAAGGAAACCCCUUUGGCCCAUUUUGGGAUCAGUUUCAUGUGAGUUUCAACAGGUCUGAGCUUUUUGCAGGCAUUUCCUUCAGCGCCUCCUACAAAGACCAGUGGAUCCAGAGAUUUUCUCCAGAGGAACAUCCAGUGCUUGCCCUGCCAGGGGCCCCGGCCCAGUUCCCUGUCUUGGAGGAGCAUAGGCCGCUCCAGAAGUACAUGGUGUGGUCAGAUGAGAUGGUGAGGACAGGGGAGGCCCAGAUCCGUGCCCACCUCAUCCGGCCCUAUGUGGGCAUCCACCUGCGCAUUGGCUCCGACUGGAAGAAUGCGUGCGCCAUGCUGAAGGACGGGACCGCCGGCGCCCACUUCAUGGCCUCCCCGCAGUGCGUGGGCUACAGCCGCCACACCGCCGCCCCGCUCACCAUGACCAUGUGCCUCCCCGACCUGAAGGAAAUCAGGCGCGCCCUGAAGCUCUGGGUGACGGCGCUGAACGCCCAGUCGGUCUACAUUGCCACUGACUCUGAGAGUUAUGUACCCGAGAUCCAGCAGCUCUUCAAAGGGAAGGUGAAGGUGGUGAGUCUGAAUCCUGAGGUGGCCCAGAUCGACCUGUACAUCCUCGGCCAAGCUGACCACUUUAUUGGCAACUGUGUCUCCUCCUUCACUGCCUUUGUGAAGCGGGAACGGGACCUCCAGGGGAGGCAGUCCUCCUUCUUCGGCAUGGACAGUCCCCCUCAGCUGCGGGAUGAGUUCUGAUCCGACCUGGAGCAUACCGCCUGUCUGAGUUGUUCCCUCCAGCCAGGCCUGGCAGCCAGAGGUGCUCCCAGGAUUGAUCCCCAAGGAUCAGAGAACAGAAAAAAGUACCAGGGACUUCCUGGAGUAGGAGGAAGACAGUCCAUCUCCCAGGGCACGGGACUUCCAAGCUUCUAGUAGCCAGACCAUCUCCCUUUCUCAUGUGCUCCCUGCUGCUUCUCCUGGGAAUUUCUCACACCAGCAAAGCAGUCCAACCUCUGUCUUUUGGUCUGCCCUGCUCUGAGCAGCCUGGGAUGCUGAACUCUGUUCGGAGAUAUUUUUUUAUAUAUAUAGAGAGAGAUUUUUAUAGUUUUGAUACAAGGUCAUGACUCCCCUAGAACUCUCCCUCAUUUUAAAAAAUCAGUGAAGUUCAUUAACAUAGGUACCUGAAGUGACCUUAACAGAAUGUGGAUAAGGCCAGGGGUGGGUGGGUGUAUUGAUCGCUUUUCCAGAUGACCCCCAAAGUGGCCCUCAGACUCAUCCCCACUGCCUGGCCAGAGCCAUCGUCAGCCCCCCUUUCCUAGGCCAUCGCCAAGGUUUGGGGCACAAACACUCUUCUCCGUUGUACACACUAUGCAAAUAGAAGUUAUCAAUCACAGUGCUGUCAGUACCCCGAAGACGGCUAAGUGCUGCUCCCCCAGCACAUUCCCGGCAGGAGCACCUGCCGUCAAGCCAGGCCAUCAUGGUAUUGCUCUCAAAGUCUCUUGGUAGUUGGUGGCCUGCCACAAACCUGGCACCAUCAGGGUUUCAUAACACCUCACCAGGGCCAGGACUUGCUGCCUGGCAGGAUCCCGCUGAAGUUUCCUCUUCUGAUCUCAUGUCCCAAGGGACCUGGUUGUAGAAUUUUGCCAUUAAGCUGCUAUCCAAGGCCUGUCCUCCCAGCCUUCCUCCUGCAGCUGGAAGCCUCAGACUAUAUUCUCACAAGGGAGUGUUCACUAAGCCUCUGACCAGAUCAAAGAUGCUCAGUACCCAAGAGCCAUUGGAUUCCCAGGUUUUUUUGCCCAUCUCAUCCAGUAUAAUCUCAGCCAAGCCCAUGAGGCUUAAGGUGUUACAGUCGUAAGUUUCUUUGUCUCUCAGAUGCUGUAGUUGUAAAAAUCCAUGACUCCUGAGAGUCUGAUUUUUUGGCCUUGUGGUUCUAAAAUUCAUGUCUAACACCUGCCGAUUACUUCCCCGCCAUCUGGCCUCCCUCAGAAGGCCACAGUCAAUCCUGGUAAGGUAGAGGAGACUGAUGAGAGCCAGGCCCAGAGCUUCAUGCAGCGGUGUCCCUUGGGUGACCUUUGGGAAGAGAUGCUUUGUUUUCAUGGCAGACUGAAUCAGAGGCUGAAGGGCAACAAGGAUCUCAAACACCAAAGGUGGCAUUGGCUGCUUAGAGCUGCCGCCCAACUCUUAGUAGGAGAAACUAUACAGAAAGGGCAUUUGAAUUUUCCGUCUGGGGGAAAUGUUUUAAAUCCUGGGUGGACUCUGAGAGAUGGUUUAUCUGUUCAGACUUGUUCACGAGCCUCAUUGUGGGACGUGGGAGCCCCUGCCUCCAUCCGGCGGUUGGGGGCGUGUGGCUUUCUGCCUGAUGUCAUUUGCUGCCCCACACUAGGCACACGCCUUAGAGUCUGGGGCUCUAAUGGGCCGGCCAAAUCCUCAUGUCUCUGGAGGUCAAGGCGCUGGAGUUGUAGUCAGAUUCAGUGUGUUUUGUAGGCGAGUACUUUAUUCCUUUGACCCAGUUUCCUCACCUAUAAAAUGGUGAUAAAACUGACGGGGUUGUUGAACAGCCCCAAUCAGAUAAAGCAUGUAUAAGAGCCCGUUGUAAACUUGAAAGAGACAAGGGCAAAUACAUGGCUGUUGAUAAUUUGACUGCCUCUCGUUGCAUGCCUCCUUUGUGCCAGGCACUGUGCUUGCUAAGUGCUUUGUGGACAUUCUCUGGUUUAGCCCCCACCUCAGCCCUGGGAAGUAGGAACUUCUGCGCAGGGCAGAAUUUUUUUUUUUUUUAAUUAUUUUUGGCUACGUUGGGUCUUCGUUGCUGCGUGUGGGCUUUCUCUAGUUGCAGCAAGCGGGAGUUUCUCUUCGUUGCGGUGUGCAGGCUUCUAAUUGCGGUGGCUUCUCUUGUUGAGGAGCACAGGCUCUAGGUGCGCGGGCUUCAGUAGUUGCAGCACGUGGGCUCAGUAGUUGCAGCGAGUGGGCUCUAGGGUGCACGGGCUUCAAUAGUUGUGGCGCCAGGGCUCAGUAGUUGUGACUCGCAGGCUCUAGAGCGCAGGCUCAGUAGUCGUGGCACAUGGGCUUAGUUGCUCCGCGGCAUGUGGGAUCUUCCUGGACCAGGGCUCGAACCCGUGUUCCCUGCAUUGUCAGGCGGAUUCUUAACCACUGCGCCACCAGGGAAGCCCUGAUUUACAUUUUUGAAGGGCCUCUCUGGCUGCCACGUGGAGAAGAGAUGGGAAGGAGGCAGGGUAGCAGCAGGGAGACCAAUGUGGGGCUGUCACAAGGAUGCAGGCGAGAGAGACAAUGGGGCUUAGGCAAAGGUCAUUGCCUUGAAGGUGGUGGGAAGUGGUCAGAUUCUGCAUGUAUAAAAUCAUUUUAAAAUGUCAGUCUUUUUUAAAGAUAUAAGUCUUUGCAUAGUUUUAAUCAUGCAGUAGUUACAAUUUAAUGUCCUGUUUUUCACUUAAUAGUAUAUCAUGUUUUCCAUGUUGGUACAUGGCCUGAAUAAAUGUUUUUAAUGAUAUAAAAUUCCACUGAGGGGUGUCCCAUAGCUUAUUGUUGUCCUAUUAUGAGAACUUAGUAUGUUCCCAAUUUUUCACUGCUAUUAUUUGGAAAAUAUUUUUAUUUGUAAGUCUUUUUCUAUAUCUAAAAUUUUCAUUAAGAUAUAUUCCCAGAAGUGGAUUUGUUGGAUCAGGACUUAAAAGUAAAAACUUUUUUUUGGAAAAAAUUCAAAUAUACAUAAAAAUUGUGAGUAAUAAAAUGAACUCUCAGUUUCAACAAUCCUCAGCGUUUCACCAGCCUUGUUUCAUUUACUGUCUCAUUCCCAAGUCCAUGUGCUGGAGACUUUUCAAGAAAAUCUGAAUGUUUCAAAGGAAGAGGCUGUAGGGUUUGCUGACACACUGAAGUGGAGUUAGGAGAGGAGAGGGAAGUCCAGAAUGCUCUGAGGUUUAGGCCCAAGCAGAGGGGAGGAGGAGCUGUCCCUGACUGCAGAGUGACCUUGAUGCGGGCCACUCACCUCUCCACCUCACCUGCGAGUUCCAGGUGUUAAUAAUGGUGGUCUCUGGAGGCUCCUUGGAGUGCUGGUUGAUAUGUCAGAUUCCGGGCACCCAGCCAGGCCUCAGGAAUCAAUGUCUGGUGUGCAGUGCCCAAGAAUCUGCAUCUUAAGAAGCACCUACAAGCGAUUGUGAUGCCCAGUAGCCCAAGACCUACUUAAAUUGUGGUCCUUGGACCAGCAACAUCGACAUCAUCUGGGGCAACUUGCUAGAAAUGCAGGCUCCUAGGCCCCACCCCAGACCUGCUGAAUCAGAGUCUCCGCGGAUGCAGCCCAGGAAUCUUUUAGCAAGCUCUCCAGCAGCUAAAGUUUGAGCACCACUGAUAACAAGGUUGUGGGGAUGGCGCCCUGUGGUCAACCAGCAAGCACUUACGGAGGGCCUUCACUGAGGCGCCUCCCUGGCACUCCUCGAAGUUUCCACCAAGCGUGGUCAGCGGCGUGGCUGUGCGAGGUGCCCAGUAGGGCUCAGUUCGUGUUGUAACAUUGACUUUUUUCUCUUUUUUGUGCACUGGGGGAAACAUACAGCUAGAUAGUCAAGCCCUUCAGUUAAUGGAUCUCAUUGUUUUAGGAUGGGGCCAAACUUACCUAAGCAAAACGAUGGGAAUUACAUUUUUUAAAAAGUAACUACCAAAAAAAAAAAAAAGUAACUACCAGUAGAGG